GCCAGUGGUGGGCAUCGUGCGGCCGGGUAUAAAAACUCGGCCGGCCGAGCAGCGGGCAUCAGUCCGGUGAUCACCACACACAGCCAACAUGAAAUACCUGGUUCUCGUCGCGCUGCUGGCCGUGGCGGCCGCCCGGCCCCAGGAGAAGACGCUGGCCGACUACGGCAUCCUCAGGAUGGACGCGUCGACUAACGAGGAUGGCAGCUUCCAGUACAGCUACGAGACGGCCGACCCGUCGGCGCAGGAUGUGAGCGGGCAGCAGAAGCAGAUCGGUGAGGACGUCGGCAGCGUGCAGCAGGGCACCUACAGCUUCACCGCCAAGGACGAGAACGGCCAGGACGUGCAGGUCACCGUCAACUGGGUGGCCGACGAAAACGGCUUCCAGCCGCAGAGCGACGCCCUGCCCAAGGCGCCCGAGGACCCGAACGCUGCCGCCCAGGCGGCCGCCUACGCCAAGUUCUCCGCUCUGUAGGAGAGCCGACCUCGCCAGAUCCAUCGAGCCGAAGACCAUUUCCAUCACGAUGUACAGUUGUACGCCACUGACCUUCCGAGUUUGUUAAUAAAUCAUUGCAACUUCA